AUGCUGGAACUUCAGGUCAGUUUUUAUCAAGUCAUUGUUUCAGGCCACUGUUCUAUCAUACCUCAAGCGCUAAUCGUAACUGCACAGAAAGUAUGGCAUGGUGAAUUCGCUUAUUCAAGAAGUUUCAGUACGCUAAUAUUGCGAAUAUUUAACUGAUAGGUUCAGGCGAUUUUAAAAAGAACAUAAAGAUCUCCAUAUUCAAAAGCAUCCUAUUACUGUUGUCGUCAAAAUCGCAUUGUCGAUGUUUGGCUGACAAUUGUAUGAUUAAUUAAUAGAAGAUUGCCAUAGGAUAUUGUCUUUUCAAUUCGAGUUUCCAACGAAUUCGCUCCUUCCGGUAUGAAGUACGUUGACGUGCAUCGGUCUGUUCAAAUUCUCAACGACUCUUGGACCGUAUUAAUAAUAAUUAACUUGUCUAUGAUGUUUCGUUGAGCAGGUACCUGAUGGCCUAUCGAACGUGAAAGUGGGAGCUACAGUAUGUGGAGUAAAAACAACGAAGAAAACUGUUACUUAUGAAGCUCUAGCGAAGAAGGUCUUUAUUCAAACCGACAAACCCAUUUAUAAACCUGGACAGAAAGGUCCGUAGCUACGUUAUACCUGGUAGACAUGCUUUCGUAUGAAUUGUAAUUUAAGAACAAAUUAACUACGAUAACUAUAUGUUUAGUAUUCUCGUGAUUUCAUUUAAUUUGAAGAAAAUCAAUUUGAUCAAUGUAAAAUAACGCAUAGUACAAAGAACUGUUGCGCCCUCGUGAAGACUGAUCUUUUGCAAUAGCAACGGAUUUUAAUAAGUCGGUAAAAUUAAAUGUCAAUAGGCGAAUAAGAGAUUUAACUCAUCACGAGCAAAUAAAUUGCACCCGUGCUUUCUUCAUUUGGCAUUGAGGGCACAUGUUAAGGGCACACAUUUUUCUCCAAAGAAAUUGAGUGCAUCAAAUGUAAGUUCAAAUAACGGCAAUAGAACAUAGAUUAAUUAAGUAACUUAUCGAUCUCCUUAUAUUAAUUUAAUAAAACCAUGUUGACAUUCAAAUUUUAAGUAAUACAAAAUUUCUUCUUUCUAGUUUUGAUUCGAAUUAUAUGUGUGGAUUCUCAACUAAAACCUGCAGGAAAGAAAGUAAGUUAGUUAUCACUUAUUUACUGAGAACGAGGGAAACAGUGUGUUUUGUGGACCCGAGACCGUCAAGUCUCCACAAAACACACUGCUUUCCCGAGGUCUCAGUGAAUAAGUGUUUUAUUAUAUAUCAAUAGUCAAAGAAACAACAAAUUAAAGAAGAAAUGAACGUAAAUACAUGAAAUAUUUUAUUGUUAAAACGUUAUAUUAAACACUGGCUACACUGCAGUUACUUAAAGCGAAAGUUAUAAUUACGUAGUAGGCAUGUCCAAAGGUCGCAUCUUCACGUGAUGGCGCACAUGAUUUUUUUUGUUAUUCGCCGGUCGAUAACGUAUUAUCUCCCUCUCGCGCUGUUGCGAGGGAGACGCCUAACAUUGUCACUCUCACGUGAUAUGCUCUCAACCAAUAAAACACAAGAAAAAUGCGACUUUGACUAUUGAUAUAUAAUAACAAUUGAUAUUGCCUGGUUAAAUAUAUAUCACGAAUAUAAUAGCUUGAUAUUUUCAAUGGAAACAGCUAAUACAUCCUAUGAAAAGGAUAGAAAUUGCCAACCAUCAAAUUACUUUUCAUCCCUAUAUGGGUAAAAUUUAUAGCACUUUUAUGUAAGCUAUGGUUUUCCGAAUUAUAGCUAUGUAGUGACUGAGUGUGUAAAAGGAAGCUACCCGAAACUGAUUGAUUUUAAUACUUUAUCGCAAUGCGUUUAUAUACAGUAUAUAUUGUGAUAUACUGCAUGAACGAACACAUUCAGCAACCUCGUUCCCAGGCUCUUUCCUCUUGUGAAGCAAAGAUCCUGGCUGGGGCUGGUCACGUGGCACGCAGAUUCUGUGUGCUAAAGUAAAUUGUGUCCUUGGGUAGGGUGGUAGAGGAGUGGUUUGUCGUGUUUGGAAAAUUGAAACUUAUGUGUUCUAGUUUCUGGUGACAAAAAUGCAAUUUACAACAGGAAAUCGUGAAAUAAACUGUUUACUAAAAAUUCUAUUUAUCAUGACACGACUUCUGCUAUAUCAAUGUCAUCAAUAAUGAGUGUUGAGUUACAUUUCAAACAAGAAGCUGAAUCAUAUUUCAAUUGCAAGGAAAGAACACCACACGCUACCUACAGCCUGCGAAGUUGAGCACCGGCUUCAGCGUAGAAGCUAUUUUAAUAUUGUCCACACCGACCGACCGAUGAAACGAACAAUCUGUCCGUUAAAUUGAAGUGUAUCCUGUCCGAUAUUCUAACGGAUUUUUUUAUAACGUGAUCUUUUGGUUUCUUAAACUUAGUUGUUGCUAACUUAGUUGUUUUUCUUGAUCUAAAAAAAGCAUUCGAUACAGUCGACCACGAAAUACUGUUAAGUAAGUUUGAAAUGUAUAUGAUUUCCAAAGGAAAGCAUUAAAUCUUUUACGUUGCUAUUUGACGCACCGAACUCAAAGUUGUCAAUUGGCCAGUAUACUCUGGUGGAGAAAGAAAUCAUUUGUGGCAUUCCUCAGGGAAGUAUACUCGGCCCUCUCUUAUUUAUUAUGUAUAUAAAUGAUUUGCCAAGCUGCCUAGAACGUACAACUCCAAGAAUGUUUGCUGAUGAUACUAACUUAACGGCAGUAGGCAGAACAAUUAGUGAGGCGGAAGAGAGGGCGAGCGUAGACAUGAGGAAUGUUCAGAAAUGGCUUUGUGCAAAUAAACUAAGUCUAAAUAUAGUGAAAACUGAGUAUGUUUUAAUUGGAACACGACAUAAAAUAAGUAAUAUUGAUACCCAUCAAGGAGUUAAAAUAAAUAAUCAAUUGAUUAAAAAAGUUAAAAAUACCAAAGCUCUUGGAGUUGAAUUAGACGAAAACUUGAGUUGGGAAAAACACAUUAACCAUAUUAGCAGUAAAAUAUCAUCAGGUAUUGGGGCUAUUAGAAAAAUGAGGGAGUAUGUCGAACAAGACAUUUUGAUAAAAGUUUAUAAUGCCUUAAUCCAACCUUAUUUUGAUUAUUGCUGUGAAGUAUGGGAUACACUUAAUAAAGGCCUAAGCGAACGUCUACAGAAAUUCCAAAACAGAGCGGCUAAGUUGAUCAUGAACUUAAAAAAUGAACAUGGUCAGUCUAUUUUGGCACGAAAAUCUCUAGGCUGGGUAACACUUGAAGAGCGUAGGGCACAAAUGAAAGCCAGGCUCAUGUACAAGACAGUUAAUGGUUUAGCCCCCCAACGACUAUACGAAGCUUUCCAAAAUCUGAAUACCAUUCAUGACCAUAAUUUAAGAGGUUCUUCAACAAGGUUUUAUAUUCCAAGACCAAAAACGGAAUCCUUAAAAAAAAGCUUCCAAUAUAGUGGGGCUAAACUAUGUAAUCAGAUACCUGAAGAGAUACGCAAUUCGGUAUCGUAUAAUUCGUUCUGUAAAAAGCUAUCUUCCUCGACCUUAAUCUCGACUUAAAGUAGUAGUUAAUUUUUUGUCUAAAUAGGUAUAUAAUUGUAUUUGUUAUGUAUGUAAUAUUAGAGCUAGUAUAUAAAUAAUAAUUUGUAAGUACACAUCCCUUUUGGAAAUCAGCUUUUGCUGAAAAGGCCAAUGUGUUUAAAUAAAGUUGAUCUUGAUCGCCAACUGUAAUUGUAAACAAUGCUACUGUAUCUUGACUUGUGAUAGCACAUGAUUAAUUAAAACCCGUGUUCUUCUGGACUAUAAAAUUCCUUGCAUUGACAUUGCUCUCUGGACAUUGCUGAAACUCAACGAGCAAGACUUAUUUCGAAGUAUAGCUAUCUGUUUUCACCAGUGAACUCUUUUGGUUAUCUUAUGAACGCCAUUCGUUUACGCCAAGACUUCUCCGUGCGUGCUAUAGCUAUGCGGUACAGCGAUAAUAUAUAAUACCAUACAUACAGUUAACUUAAACAUCAGACACAAGUAUUUUAUUUUAUUUUAUAUUAUAUUUAAUAUAUCAUGUUUUACGUGCAGCAAUCUCAGCAGGCACAUUAUAAAUCUUAUAAAGACCUUUAUUGGCAUUGCAAUUGGCCUUUUAUAGAAGAAUAAUCCUGCUUUUUUCGACCCGAAUCAUGCUGCUGUGUUAAUCAAUAUUUAUAUCAACUUCAAUCUUCAUCAUAUUUUAGAAGUUUUCAUCCAAAUAUGCUAGAGACAAACAGCCGAUGUAUCAAUAGAAACUUUAAAAUGCUUAUAAAAACUUAUCGAGUAAUGCUGUGUCUGUGUUUGACUAUGGCCCUGACAAAGUGUAGAGGCACUUUAUAGCGUUAUAAGGUUUUAUAUAGGGAAGUAUUUUUCUAUUAUAUCUGCUGUUAUUCUUUUGCACUCAAUGCCAAUGGGCAAGGUAUAAAACACGAGGGUAAAUGACUAUUGAAUUAUAUAUUAUAGGACAUACUGUGCACAAUUUUGCCAUUAGUAUACUCGCGUGUAGACAAAAUAGGAAAAGCAUAUUAGUUAUCUAAAUUCUAUACUGUAGAUUCCCUAACAAUUUUUGUACCUUAUACACUCCUUACCACCUAGUGUUUAAUACAAACGAUUAAAUUAUACAAUAAUUUAACCUAUUAAGAAAAUAUACGAUGUUUAUAAACAAUUUUUGAAUCAAUAAUCAAUCAAUAGAGAUUCAAUGUCCAUUUGGCUUGUAUCUAUUUAUAUAAAGCGUGUGCGCGAGAAGACCUCAAAAGGAGCCACGACCUACCGCAGUAUUGUGUUGAAAUUAACAAGUAAAUCGAUUCAAAAAUAAAUAUACCGUUUCCAAAUAACGCUAACGGCAUAUUAUAAGAACAUUAUAAAUAUGUGAAGUGAACCAGAGGCAAAACAGAAACGUGUGAAAUGAAAGUGCGCCAGAGGCCUUGAGAGAACAUUAGAACAAUUUCAAAGCAUACGUUUUUAUUGCUUGACUUCCUGACUUGUCUGUUGCUAUAAAAAUAUGUAUGUUUUUUUAUAAUUUAAAAGCAAACAGGAACCAAAUUAUGAUUCUCAAAGUAGAUUGUACAGAACACUCUCACUCAGUUGCAAUCGAAGUGUAAAUGCGGAAGUGGAAGAAUGUAAUUUGAUACUUUGCGUACUCCCCUUUGGGCGAUCAAAUUCCACAAGAGGAAAGAGCCUGGGAACGAUGUUGCACAUUCAGUUUUACCUCCAAUUUUAAGGUUGGAUUUCAAGGUCAAAAUUCAAAACCGCGAAACGGUCGAAACCUAAACGGAUGGAUUUGCAUUCAGUAUGUAACUCGUGGUUCCGACAGUCCGUAGCUACGGUUGCUACACGAACAGACUGUUUUUCUUAUGCGUAAAAAGCGAUUUGUAAUCCACGAACAGCGCAGGUUUCAAUCCAAUUCAACAGGAAACCCUUCAAAAUUCACAGGAUUUUAAUGGCAAAGAAAGUUGCUUGGGGGACACGGUUAACUCCAUUUGGGAAUAUAUCCACUGAUUGAUUAGCAUCAAUCAUACUAUACAAGACACAUAUAUUUAAUAUUAUUAGUAAAACAUGACAUCAGAAAACAAUGUUAGUUGAAUCGAAUGUCAAUGGGAUUAAAAAGUUGUUAACUAUCACUCAUUUACCAUUAAAUUAACCUCUGUCUUUAUUUUUCCUGUAAGGUUUCCUCAGUGGUGAUACAGGUUUGUAAAUCGUUUUGGUUUCCUAAAGUAUAAUAUCGUACUAGUACGUAUAGAUAUCGUCAUUCCUCCAUCAGUCACCACUGUUGUCAUGCGUUCAUGAAUCAUGAACACACUUCUCAUAAAUAUAUGAAUUGCGAGACCCAAUGUUGUGUCGGUAGUGAGUUAAUGUGGAAGGGGAGGGGGAGGGAACGGGAGAGUAGCCGGGCCAAAAUAUGUUUUUUUAAGUAUCUAGCAAGGAAAGUUGUUUCUUCUCGAUUAUUUUAAGAAUGAUGUGAUUGGUCUAUAUCACAUCUAAGGAUGGCGCCAUCUGCGCACCUGUUCACUAAGUCCAAGCCAAACGGAAAUGGAAGUUGACAAGAGUUCCCAUUCUCUCCCGCGUUUGACCGCCAACUACCUCUCAUCGACUCUUACCAACUUUCAUUGAUUUUGAACUGUUUAAAUGUUAAUGAGAGUUGAUAAGCGUUUUCGCCAUCUCGCGAUAAUAUCUAAUUAACGCUUAUCAGGUCUCAUGCAACUCUUGUAGUAUUCGUUUUACUGAGGCAUAAGAGUUGAGAAAUCUAUCAUGUAUACAAACUUUUGCUUCUCAACUUUCAUCAACUCUGAGUCACGUCUGACCUCGCCUUACAACAUCAUAACUUGCACAAAUAACAUUGAGACUGCAGGACGGUUUCAGAUUAAAAAUGUAUCCCCAAUUCACAAUGAUCUUCUGUCACAUGCAGGAACCCAGAGGUGCGAGGAUAAUGCAAUGGAAUGAUGUUGAACUAGAAGAUGGUAAGAUUUUCAUUGUCACAAUACAAAAUACUUCACGAAGUUGCAACUACCAUUAGCCUAUUGAUAUUUAAUUUAAAAAAAGUGUUAAAAAUGAUGUUAUUAAUUUAAUGAUCGUAAUCGUUUUGGAAUCAGCACGAAUCUUACUCAUAUAUUGGUGCGAAUUCAAAAUGCUGCCAUCAGUAUGCGAUGUAAUGGUGCCCUUUUUUCAAGCAAUCAUAUUUAACUACUGAAUUGACCAUUUGCGUAAUAGACUAAAUUUUGAUCUCAACAAAAAUUUCAUUACAGCUUGAAAGAGCAUCACAAAAUUAGUAAUAUUCCAAAGUUUCGUUGCAAAAUGUUGUAAAAUGCGGAAAAUAUAGCCUUGCGAAAUUUGCAAUUUUCAGUCAUUUUAGAUUACAAACCGGAAAUUGACAACCUCGAAGGGUUUGGGGCUGUCAAUUUCCCGUUUGUAAUCUAAAAUGACUGAAAAUUGCAAAUUUCGCAAGGCUAUAUUUUCCGCAUUUUACAACAUUGUGCAACGAAACUUUGGAAUAUUACUAAUUUUGCGAUGCUCCUUCAAGCUGUAAUGAAAUUUUUGUCUAGACUUGUUUAGUUCAAAAUUUAGUCUAUUACGCAAAUGGUCAAUUGAAUUAGCCAAUCUAUUUUAAGAAAAAUAUGAUCACGCAAAUUACCAAAUCAAAUCUGAUUAUCCUCGAUUCUAAUAAACUUUCUAUUUGAUGCAACAUAAAUAAGCUAUCGUAGCUAAAUAUUUUUGAAUGAAACAAAUGAUCCAAAAAUACUUGGAGAUUUAAAAUACCAUAUAAUUUUUCAUAAAAAAUAAUGUAAAAAUUUUAAUUUGAACAAAAUGUUCUAUAAAAAUUACAAAAAUGCCAACAACAGCUAUUUUAGAGUGAGAGAAAAUCCGAGGUAAAUUCGUUCAUCGACUAGUUCCAAUCGAUAUUUGCAUGCAGAAAAACGCACCAAAACUCCAUCAAAUCACUCGUGACCCUAUAAUAUGUUUAAACUUGCUUGCGUCAUAACUUUUCUUCAUAAAUCUCUUGAAUUAUGUAAUAUUUUUGCAGUUGUUUCAAACAUUAAAAUACUGAAAUAUCGCCAGGAAUGUUAUUACUUCUUCAACUUUGAUCCCGCUUGUUCGAAAUUUUCUAUGAAAAUAAAAUAUAUCAUUUUUAGACAUACAACACAUCAUUCGCAGAACAUAUAAUUGUUACAUUCUUACUGUUCUUGGAUUUUUAAAUUUGUUUCGGAGAAAAUAACUACACCGAAUUAAUUGAAAACAUAUAGCAAUUGUCACUACCGCAUGUAUUUAUUACGCCGAAGAACAUGCCGUACGUAUCUGAAAACUAAAGUAAAUUACGAACUGCAAAGAGGUAGUUAUUGAAAAUUCGAAAAAUCCGGCAUAUUUUAAUAAUAGAACAAUUGCGGACUACAUUUUGCAGGGGUGUUGAUCUUAUUGACAUGUUGCUACGUUACGGCACCAUAUGCAGACAUUGGGUGGGUUAGAGAUCGUUUGUAAACAAAAACUAUUUCUGGUUUACAAACCAGUUUUAGAUUUCAAUAUUAAAAAAUAAAGUGGAAACUGGAACUUCAUGUCGUGUAAUUUUGGUCAAAAUUUAAACUUGUGUUAUAAAUUGCACUCUCGCUUCGCAUACGUGCGAUUUUGUAAUCGCGUAUUUGAUUGCAUGCAGACCAAAUUUUACCUCAUGCAUGUAUUCAAUUCAAUUAUUCCCAUUAUCAAUCAGGAUUCGGAAAUAAUAUCACGUAAAUACAUAUUUAGGCAUCGCUAGUCUGGAUCUUCAAUUGUCCAAGGAACCUGUUCUUGGUAAAUGGUUAAUUAAAGCGAAAAUUGAGGUAUGUCUACAUAUUAAUAGUUGA